UGGGCGCCGUGCGCGCCGCGCCGCGCCGCGGGGCCGGCUCGGCCUCACCUGCCCGGCGUCCCGCGGGGGCAGCAUGGGCCGUCGGGCCGCGCUGGCCCUCGCCGUGCUCUCGGCCCUGCUGUGCCAGGUCUGGAGCUCGGGGGUCUUCGAGCUGAAGCUGCAGGAGUUCGUGAACAGGAAGGGGCUGCCGGGCAACCGCAGCUGCUGCCGCGGGGGCGCGGGCCCGCCGUGCGCCUGCAGGACCUUCUUCCGCGUGUGCCUCAAGCACUACCAGAGCAGCGUGUCCCCCGAGCCGCCCUGCACCUACGGCAGCUUCGUCACGCCCGUGCUGGGCACCGGCUCCUUCAGCCUGCCCGACGGCGCGGGCAGCGACCCCGCCUUCAGCAACCCCAUCCGCUUCCCCUUCGGCUUCACCUGGCCGGGCACCUUCUCGCUGAUCAUCGAGGCGCUGCACGCCGACUCCCCGGACGACCUGACCACGGAGAACCCCGACCGGCUCAUCAGCCGCCUGGCCACGCAGCGGCACCUGACGGUGGGCGAGGAGUGGUCGCAGGACCUGCACAGCAGCGGCCGCACCGACCUCAAGUACUCCUACCGCUUCGUGUGCGACGAGCACUACUACGGGGAGGGCUGCUCCGUCUUCUGCCGGCCCCGGGACGACGCCUUCGGCCACUUCACGUGCGGGGAGCGCGGGGAGAAGGUCUGCGACCCCGGCUGGAAGGGCCAGUACUGCACCGAACCACUCUGCUUACCGGGAUGUGACGAGCAGCACGGGUUCUGUGAGAAGCCUGGGGAGUGCAAGUGCAGAGUGGGCUGGCAGGGCCGCUACUGUGACCAGUGCAUCCGGUACCCAGGCUGUCUCCAUGGCACCUGCCAGCAGCCGUGGCAGUGCAACUGCCAGGAAGGCUGGGGGGGGCUUUUCUGCAACCAGGACCUCAACUACUGCACACACCACAGGCCGUGCAAGAACGGGGCCACCUGCACCAACACGGGCCAGGGCAGCUACACGUGCUCCUGCCAGCCCGGGUACACAGGGGCCACCUGCGAGACCGAGGUGGACGAGUGUGCGCCCGGCCCCUGCAGAAACGGAGGCAGCUGCACGGACCUCGAGAACGGCUACUCCUGCAGCUGCCCUCCGGGCUUCUACGGCCGGGUCUGCGAGCUGAGCGCCAUGGCAUGUGCCGACGGCCCGUGCUUCAACGGGGGACGUUGCACGGACAACCCCGGGGGAGGCUACAGCUGCCGCUGCCCGGCCGGCUUCUCUGGCUUCAACUGUGAGAAGAAGGUGGACCCGUGCAGCUCCGAGCCCUGCUCCAACGGUGCGCAGUGUGUGGACCUGGGCGGCACGUACUUGUGCCGCUGCCGGCCCGGCUUCUCGGGGCGCCACUGCACGGACAACAUAGACGACUGUGCCCCGUCCCCGUGUGCCAAUGGGGGCACGUGCCGGGACGGCGUGAACGAGUUCUCCUGUACCUGCCCGCCCGGGUACACGGGCCCGAGCUGCAGCGCCCCGGUCAGCAGCUGCGAGCACGCGCCCUGCCACAACGGAGCCACGUGCCACCAGCGGGACGGCCGCUACGUGUGCGCCUGUGCCCGUGGCUACGGCGGCCCCAACUGCCAGUUUCUGCUGCCCGAGCCGGAGCCCGGGGCCCCGUCGGAGAAGUACGUGGAGGGCCAGGCCGGGCCCUUCCCCUGGGUGGCCGUGUGUGCCGGCGCCGUCCUGGUCCUCAUGCUGCUGCUGGGCUGUGCGGCUGGCGUGGUCUGUGUGCGGCUGCGGCUGCAGAAGCGCCGACCCCCCGCCGACCCCUGCCGGUCCGAGACGGAGACCAUGAACAACCUGGCCAGCUGCCAGCGCGAGAAGGACAUCGCGGUCAGCGUGAUCGGGCCCACGCAGAUCAAGAACACCAACAAGAAGGCCGAGCUGCACGGGGAGCACGGUGCCCAGCCCGGCCUCCCAGCACGCUGCCCAGCCGUGGACUACAACCUGGUGCCCGCUGGCACCGAGAAGGACCGGGCCCCCCGUGGGGGGGACGCGGCUGAGAGGCGACGGCCGGAUGUGGCGUUCGCGCUGUCCAAGGACACCAAGUACCAGUCGGUGUUUGUCAUCUCGGAGGAGAAGGACGAGUGCGUGAUAGCCACCGAGGUGUGACGGCGCAGCCCGGCCGGCCCGACUCUGGACUGGGUACUCCCAAGGAUUUAAGCCCCCUGAAUGCUGCUGAAAGUCGCGGGAGCCUCCCGGCGCGCCCGCUGCUCUGCCCCGGCCAGCAGGCACUCUCCGUUGCACUAUGGACCCUUGCUUUUUACAGAGAUAUAUUUAGAUGAGCGACUGAACUCCACACGGGGUGCGCACUGCCUGAGUGUAUAUUUUGGAUUCUUAUGAGCCAGUCUUUUCUUGAAUUAGAAUCACGAACACUGCCUUUAUCGUCCUUUUUGAUACUAAAAUGUGUUUUUCUAGGUGGAGAAAGAUGUGUGUUAUUUUUUUGGACCUGUAAAAAUAUUUUCCAUGAUAUCUGUAAAGCUUGAGUAUUUUGUGAUGUUCAUUUUUUAUAAUUUAAAUCUUUGGUAAAUAUGUAUAAAGGCACUUCGGGUCUAUGUGACUAUAUUUUUUGUAUAUAAAUGUAUUUAUGAAAUAUUGUGCAAAUGUUAUUUGAGGUUUUUCUACUGUUUUGUUAAUGAAGAAAAUCCUUUUUAAGAUAUUUUUCCAAAUAAAUAUUAUGAAUGGCAACCAGA